AUGUCGCCCAUCGUUCUAACUGCUCAGAACCUGAUGGUGACGACUGCACUGUGGGCCGACGCGCUUUUGGUCUGCGAUCAUGAGGAUUCCUUCACCGAACGAUUCUGCAAGCCGUUCGUCAAUGCCAUUUUCGGACAAUUUGAGGACACCCAAUUAUGUUGGAGUAAGGAUGCGUUGAAGACAGGCGGCCGGGACACUGGUGAGCGACCCUAUCCAGAUGUCAUGCUCUGCACCACAACUUCACCGGGGCAUGCAGUCCUUGUCGGCGAAAUCAAGAAGCUAAAUGCAAGCGAGCACGAAUGUCAACGUGAUCAAGUCAAGCUAUUCAUCCAAAUGAGGCGAGCUUUGGAUAGCCUGCUUGACUACGGCGUUGACGGGCCUGUAAUCGGCAUUCUUGUUCAACGGCAUCGGGUGGAAAUAUAUGCUAUGACACUGCCCUAUGAGGCUCUCUACAUGCCAACGCACCUAGGAUCCUUGGUCUGA